CUGUACUUAUUUGAAUUCAUUGUCGUGGUUGUGCAGCAUCACAUGAAAGAUGUAAAAGUUUUUUUCCAAGUGAGUUUCCAUAAGGGAUUUAAAUAAAGUUUGGAUUAUCAUUCUUUGCGUUGCGUUUCCAUGAAAUCGUGUGGAGUGUCCCUAGUUACUGCUGCUGGGGCUUCUACUGCUUUUGGUGAUGAGGAAAAGAAAAUGGCGGCGGGAAAAGCGAGUGAAACUGAGGAGGAUUUUACGAGUCUGACUGCUGAGGAAAGGAACAGCUUAACAGUUGACAGCCGACUAUUUGGAUUUCUGGGUCUUCAUGAAGAUGGCGCCAGAACGAGGGCCUUGCUGUCAAAGAGUGUUCGCUGCUAUGAGUCGUUAAUAUUAAAAGCGGAAGGAAAAGUUGAUCCAGAGUUGUUUUGUCAACUAGGCCACUUUAACCUCUUGUUAGAGGAUUAUCAGAAAGCAUUGUCUGCAUACCAGAGGUACUACAGUUUUCAAUCCGAUUACUGGAAGAAUAUUGCCUUUUUAUAUGGCCUUGGGUUGGUCUAUUUCCAUUACAAUGCAUUUCAGUGGGCUAUUAAAGCAUUUUUGGAGGUGCUUUAUCUUGAUCGUGGGUUUUCUCGUGCUAAGGAGAUACAUUUACGUCUUGGGCUGAUGUUUAAAAUGAACACAGAUUAUGAGUCAAGUCUAAAGCAUUUUCAGUUGGCUUUAAUAGACUCUAAUUCCUGCACUUUGUCCAAAGCUGAAAUUAAGUUUCACAUUGCCCACCUGUAUGAAGUCCAGAGAAAGUAUCACACUGCAAAAGAAGCUUAUGAACAACUCCUGCAGACAGAAAAUCUUCCUGCACAAGUUAAAGCAACUGUUCUACAGCAGUUGGGUUGAAUGCAUCAUACAGUGGAACAACUGGGAGAGAAAACCACCAAGGAAAACUAUGCUAUUCAGUGUCUGCUUAAGUCAUUAGAAGCUGAUCCCAACUCUGGCCAGUCAUGGUAUUUUCUUGGCAGGUGCUAUUCCAGUAUUGGAAAAGUACAGGAUGCCUUUAUAUCUUAUCGACAUUCUAUUGAUAAAUCAGAAGCAUGUGCAGACACAUGGUGUUCAAUAGGUGUGUUGUACCAGCAGCAGAAUCUGCCAAUGGACGCUUUACAGGCUUACAUUUGUGCUGUGCAGUUGGAUCAUGGCCAUGCUGCAGCUUGGAUGGACUUGGGCACACUGUAUGAGUCUUGUAACCAGCCUCAGGAUGCCAUUAAAUGCUACAUAAAUGCAGCUAGGGGCAAAAACUGUAACAAUACCUCUGCACUUACAGCUCGGAUAAAGUAUUUACAGGCUCAGUUGUGUAACCUUCCACAAGGUAGUCUACAGAGUAAAACUAAAUUGCUUCCUAGUAUUGAGGAGGCAUGGAGCCUACCAAUCCCCGCAGAACUUACCUCCAGGCAGGGUGCCAUGAACUCAGCACAGCAGGCUUGUAAACCUCAUCAUCACAAUAAUGAGCCUGUAGGAGGUCUUUCUCAAACACAUUCUUCACAGCAACCCUUGUCAGCACAUACAGUUCCUUCAAACCAAGUGGAUGACCUGUCCAGUCCAGCCAAGAAGAAAAGAACAUCUAGUCCUACUAAGAAUACUGCAGAAGCAUGGGGAGGAGGACAUACUGUGCCACAACAUCCAACACAUAUUUCUUCGUGGUAUUUGCCACCACCAAAAUUGCAGUUGAGGCAAACAGCAGUUGCACAGGUAUGAUCUGGAGUUCCUAAUGGGCCAACAGUUGACUCGCCACUGCCUACAAAUUCUCUCUCUGGUCAGCAACCUCAAGUUGCUUUAUCCAGAGUGCCUAAUAUUUCUCAGUCUGGAGUCCAUCCAGUCUGUCCUGGGCAGCCUACUGUUAACGGACCCUUUCCACCAAGCUCAAUUUCUUGCAGCAGUUCAGGAGUGUUGGUUAAUACAGACACCAUUUCAAUAGGCAAUAAUCAUGUAACAGGAAGUGGAAGUAAUGGAAAUGUGCCUUACCUGCAGCGAAACCCACCAAGUCUACCUCAUAACCGCACAAACCUGGCCAGCAAUGCAGAGGAGCCGUGGAAAAAACAACUUGCUAACUCCACUCAGGGGCUUCACAAAGGUCAGAGUUCACAUUUGGCAGGUCCUAAUAGUGAACGACCACUCUCUUCCAUUGGGCCUUCCCAGCAUCUACAGACAGCUGGUACUGGUAUUCAAAAUCAGGUUGGACAUUCCAUGUCUAGCAAUUCAGUAACUCAAGGGGCUGCUCUCAAUCACCUCUCUUCUCACAUUGCUACCUCAGGUAGACAAGGCAUUACCUUAACCGUAGAGAGCAAGCCUUCAGGAAACGUAACAUCAGUGCCUGAUUUAAACAGGUAUACUUGAGGGACUCCUAACAGCACUUCCAGCAGAGAGGGACUUUCUAAUCAUGUCCAUCAUUUGGUGGUAGAUGCUGUUUGUAGCCCUAGCCAUGGAGAAUCCAAGUCACCAGGUGUACUUAGUUCAGACAAUCCUCAGCUCUCUGCCUUGUUGAUGGGAAAAGACAGUAGCAAUGUUGGUUCUGGGACCUUGGACAGAAUUAAUAAUGUGCACCCAGCAGUUCAUAAAAAGACAGACAGCUCUCUUGCUUCAUCGCCUUCAUCAGCAAUUUCCACAGCAACCCCUUCACCCAAGUCUGUUGAACAAACUACCAUGAACAGUGUUAGCCUUAACAGCCCUUCAUUUAGAAUUGGACAUUCCUUUAAUGGAAAAGGGUUGGAGGAAUCCCAAAGCCCCAUGAAAAUUGACCCUCUUUUCAUUUGUAACAAACCAGGACCUUUACAUUUGCCUUCAUCUUCUGUGUCCAUUUAUCCUAGUUCUAUAGAAGUACUUAAAGCUUGCAGGAACCUAGGGAAAAAUGGCUUAUCUAACAGUAGCAUUAUAUUGGACAAGUGCCCACCACCGCGUUCACCUCCAACACCCUUUCUUUCCCUGCCAAAGGACAAAUUAAAUCCUCCGACUCCUAGUAUUUAUUUGGAGAAUAAGAGAGAUGCUUUCUUCCCACCCUUGCAACAGUUUUGUACAAAUCCCAACAACUCUGUCACAGUAAUACGUGGCCUUGCUGGAGCUCUUAAACUAGAUCUUGGACUCUUUUCUACAAAAACAUUGGUAGAGGCAAAUUGUGAACAUGAUGUUGAAGUGCAGACACAGUUGCUACAACCUGCAGAUGAAAACUGGGACCUUACUGGAACAAAGAAAGUAUGGCAUUGUGAAAGUAGUAAAUCUCACACUACAGUUGCCAAAUAUGCACAGUAUCAGGCUGCUUCGUUCCAAGAGUCAUUAUGGGAAGAGAAUGAGAAGAAGAGCCAUCACAAGGACCAUUCAGAUAGUGAAUCCACAUCUUCAGAUAAUUGUGGUAGAAAAAAGAAAGUUCCUUUCAAAACAAUCAAGUUUGGGACUAAUAUUGACCUUUCCGAUGAUAAAAAGUGGAAAUUGCAGCUUCAUGAGCUAACUAAGCUACCAGCAUUUGCACGGGUGGUGUCAGCAGGAAAUUUACUGAGCCAUGUCGGGCACAUCAUUUUGAGGAUGAACACAGUCCAACUUUAUAUGAAGGUUCCAGGCUGCAGAACACCAGGCCAUCAUGAAAACAACAACUUUUGUUCUGUGAACAUAAAUAUUGGCCCUGGAGACUGCGAAUGGUUUGUGGUUCCUGAAGUUUACUGGGGAGUUAUGAAUGAGUUUUGUGAAAAGAACAGCAUUAAUUAUUUGAUGGGCUCAUGGUGGCCAAACCUUGAAGAUCUUUAUGAGGCAAAUGUCCCAGUGUAUUGGUUUAUUCAGCGUCCUGGGGAUCUGGUUUGGAUUAAUGCUGGCACAGUUCACUGGGUUCAGGCCAUCGGCUGGUGCAACAACAUUGCUUGGAAUGUUGGCCCUCUGACAGCUUACCAAUAUAAACUGGCAGUGGAGCGGUACGAAUGGAACGAGUUACAGUGUGUGAAGUCUAUUGUACCAAUGAUUCAUCUUUCAUGGAACUUGGCACGAAAUGUUAAGGUGUCGGACCCCAGGCUCUUUGAAAUGGUCAAAUAUUGCCUGUUGAGAACCUUAAAGCAUUGUCAGUCUCUGAAGGAUGCUCUCAUCAGUGCAGGAAAAGAGAUUGUGUGGCAUGGGCGUACAAAAGAUGAACCUGCACAUUACUGUAACAUUUGUGAGGUGGAGGUCUUCAACCUUCUUUUCGUCAGAAAUGAAGAUAACUCUCAAAAGGCAUAUGUAGUACAUUGUCAACACUGUGCUCAGAAGGCCAGUAUGAACUUGGAGAAUUUUGUGGUGCUAGAACAGUACAAAAUGGAGGACCUGAUACAAGUCUAUGACCAGUUUACAUUAGCUCCUCCAUUGCCUUCAUCAUCAUCUUGACAUUAUUUUUCCAUGGACAGUAAAAGGAGAACAUUUCUGAUAUUCAGGAAGUGACCCAAUUCUGCACCACUGAUAUUUUCUAGCUAUCCCAUGAGGCUGCUGGCUGAAAGCUGUGUGUCUAUGCAACCUUCCAAGUGCGGAGUGUCAACCAGCUGGACAGGAGAAAGCUGUGCUCCUUAUUCCAGAACUUAAUUUAAUAUAGCUGAUUCAGCUUUACUUUAAAAACAAUUUAAAAAAAAUUCCAUGUUUUGUAUAUAUGCUAUGGAACUGGCAACAACACAGACUACUGACUUGAAAACCGUCUUUUUUGUAUUUCUCUGU